AUGGAAGUGGAAUCGAAAAGAAAUUCCGAAUACGAACAAAUAAAUCAACUUUACGACGAAUGUUUGAACUAUUUGAAAGAAAACAAACAUUUUGUAGAACAACAUAGAGCUUCAAUAGAAGACCCGGACUAUGAGACUAUAAGAGACCAAAAAGAAGACCGUCAAGAAGAGGACGAACAUAACGAAAUCGUGGAAGCAAAAACAGUCUUUAAACUAGAGAAUGAAAAAUCUAUGGAGAGUCUGAACUCCGUGAUCUCAGAACCACGGUCGGAAAGGCUUCGAAAACUAUCAAAACAAUUGCCUAAGAUCAUUAUAACUCAGAGCACAACAAGUUUAGACUUUAAAAAAGAUGAGAUUAAGAAACCUUUACGAGGUGAGAUGUCUAAAAGUGAUCGAGUUUUACCAAAAAUUGAUAGACAUUUGCCCAGACCGGAUUACAGUAUGCCUGUAAUAAAUCAUCAUCAUCAAAAUGUAUUGCAUUUUGACAGCAGUUUGAAAGAUCGGGAUAGUAUGUCGAGUAUGGAUCGGAAGAUGCCUAAAUCUAUGAAACCUUACAAUCAUGUUUCUAGUGAAAAGAAGAAGGUGCCGCCCAGCAGUGAUUUCAGGCAUCCCCAGCGCACGAGGCCAGGGUACGGAGACCAUCCCAAGCGCCUGGUCUCCAAGACCGGCAUGGAGAAUGUAGCUCUCAUAUCGAAUGUGCCAUUCGAGAAGAUUCGAUUGCUGAAUGAUACUUUUCAUACUUUGAUCAACUUACGCUGGCGUUGGAUCGUCAUCGGCACGAUAGUGGUCCACUUCGCGAUCUGGCUGGUCUUCGCAGUCUUUUGGUACAUCACGGCCCUGGCUCACUACGACUUCGAACCUGACCCGCCUAAGAAGACCUGUGUGACUGGUGGCAAGGAUUUCGUAACGAUAUUCUUGGCCUCUGUUGAAGCGCAGACUACGAUUGGUUUCGGAGACCGUGCGAUAGACGAAGAAUGUCCAGAAUCUAUAUUCCUCUUCAUUAUGCAGUUGAUUCUGGGCACUGGUCUAUCAGGGGUUCUGACUUGUGUCGUGUACGCUAAGCUGACUAGACCUGAAAAACUCUCCAGAGAUGGCGUUGGCUUCAGCAAAAAAGCUGUGAUCAGCAUGCGUGACGGCCGCCUAUGCUUGAUGAUGAGAGCCUGGGACCUCAACUAUGACCACAUCAUCAGCUCCGAGUUCACUGCACAUUUUGUCAACACCUACAGAACGAAGGAAGGCGAAGUAAUUCGAUAUUACGCGCGCUGUCUCACGCUACAGCAGCGACAGUUCCUGCUGUGGCCGGUGACACUAGUCCAUGUGAUCGAUGAGACCAGCCCUCUGUUCGGGUAUACACCAGAGCUGAUUGCACAUAAUAGCUACGAGAUUACAGUGAGUUUGAAAGGUGCCUCAGCAUCAAUGGGAACGUUCACUCAGAGCCAGACAUCCUACCUCCCUAAAGAGGUCGCAUGGGGCUUCAGAUUCCCUCCUGUUGUGAAGUACGACAGUCACAAGCAGAAGUAUGUCAUCGAUCAUAAGAAGCUCGACCUUCUGGAGCCCGUCGACACUCCGUACUCUUGCGCCAGGGAUAUCUAUCGAAAUUCUACACCGAUAAAGGAGCCACCUCCCACCCCUGGAACUCCAAGCAACUUCAGCGAGAAGGUGUCCAGCUUCCAGCUAGCGCGCUCCUCGUCCUUCAGGCAAAGUGGAAAUAAUAAGAGUUAA